AUGCGGCUGGAUUUCGAAGCGAGAAAAAAAUUUUACGAAAAAGAACUUGCUUCUGGAGAAAUUUUUGAGUCCAAUGGAGACCUUUUUCUCUCAGCAACAGCGACAAGAGAAGGCAUGGAAAAGCUCAAGAAUACUGAAUUUCCUGAAAACUCUGUGACGGUGUUAGGUUUUCCGAAAUCGGGGUGUCAUUUGAUGAUGUCGAUUUUGGACGCAAUCGGGGUAACGAGGUUGGAAGCGCUUUUGCCAAAUGAUAAAGUCUUCUUUUUUCCAAUGGAGUUUACACCAAAUGUUGCUGCUUUGGACGAGCAAAUUGCUGCGAUUCGUCGAAACCCUGAUCUUGUUCAUACGACACAUUGCCAUGUUCACCCGGGAAAUUUUCCGCUUGGGCACAAGGGAAAAAUCAUCUUUGUCGAGCGAAAUACUCCAGCUAUUGCCGUCUCCGCUUUUCAUUUCUUCAAAAAACUUCCUUUCCUCGAAGCGUACAUAAAACAAAACCAAAUUGACGAAGACAUCAACAAAUUUGCUCGAUUCAUGUUCGACGGAAAAAACUACAUCGGCCACCCAGAGGACUACAAUCAACAAUGGAAACGAUUUGCGAAGCAACAUCCUCAACUCAAAAUUGAAUUUUUUAAAUUUGAGGAUGUCAUGGCGGAUAAAGAAAAAGAAAUAGCAAGACUGUUGGAUUUCCUUGAAAUCAAAAAUUCUGACGUGUCCGAAAUUGCCGAAAAGAGCGGUAUUCAAAAAGCGCGCGAAACACGAAAAACAGCAGCCGACAGGAAAGGGAUGAAAUUCGACGAAGACGUCAUUUUUCGCUCAGGAACUACAAAUGGAUGGAAAGAAGAGUUUUCGAAAGAAACAAUUGCUUACUAUGAAUCUCUGCAAAAUCAAAAUUAA